AUGCUUCGAACUGCUUCUGUCCAUCGCAAGACCGCCGAGACUGAUGUACACAUUGAUCUCACUUUACUGGACGUUGGCCAAUUUGACAGUCAGGCCAUUUCCAUCUCUACUGGAAUUGGAUUUUUGGAUCAUAUGAUCCAUGCACUUGCCAAACAUAGUAAAUGGUCCAUCACUCUCAAGUGCACUGGGGACAUUCACAUUGAUGACCACCACACCACAGAAGAUAUAGGUCUGGCACUGGGCAAGGCAUUCAAGGAGGCCUUGGCACAAGGUCCAUCCAAUCUUGCUGGCAUUAAACGCUUUGGAUAUGCCUAUGCUCCGCUAGAUGAAGCCUUGUCCCGUGCAGUUGUUGAUAUCUCUGGCCGUCCAUCAGCUCAUAUCGAUCUUGGUCUCAAAAGGGAAAUGCUUGGUCAGUUGAGUUGUGAAAUGAUUCCACAUUUCCUUGAAAGUUUUGCUGGCACUGCUGGCAUUACCCUACAUGUGGAUACUAUCAAGGGAUUUAAUGAUCAUCACAGGAGCGAGUCUGCAUUCAAGGCAACAGCACUUGCCCUUCGUGAAGCCGUUUCAUUUACUGGUGCAUCAGACGUUCCUAGCACAAAGGGCACGCUGACCGAUUAG